GCGACGACUGGCGACGACAACAAAUCGACGUCAACAAAAUUUCCGACCAGAGUUGAAAUGCGAAAAUGAUAUAAACAUCCGAAAUAGAUAGUUUUAAAUAUUUAAUAACAUAUAAUAAUCACAAAUCAUGUCCACCGGUCAACCAGAAAAGGUGUCCAUUAGAUUUAGAGGCUCAAAAGUUAGUAAAUUAAAAGAAUUAGAUCUGUUUCCAAAGGUUGAAGAUACCUACAAAGAAACUUCAAAAGUAGGAGGCACAUUAUCUCUAGUCAGUUUCUCAAUAAUAGCAUGGUUAAUAUAUUCUGAAAUUAAGUAUUACAUGGACAGCAAGUUUGUGUUCCGAUUCGCUCCGGAUGCAGACAUAGAUGAAAAGUUGCAAAUAAAUGUUGAUAUAACUGUUGCAAUGCCUUGCCAAAAUUUGGGUGCAGAUAUAUUGGAUUCAACAAAUCAGAAUCCAUACAUGUUUGGUCAAUUAGAAGAAGAAGACACUUGGUAUGAAUUAUCACCGAAUCAAAGGAUACACUUUGAGAACAAGCAACAUUUUAAUUCAUAUUUGAGGGAAGAAUAUCAUGCAAUAAAAGAUUUAUUAUGGAGGAGAAGUUUUAGUCAAACUUCAAAUGACAUGCCGGCGAGAAGUCACAUUCCAAAUCGCCCUCAUGAUGCUUGCAGAGUUCAUGGUUCCUUAACACUGAAUAAAGUCGCUGGAAACUUUCAUAUUACUGCUGGAAAAAGUUUAAACUUACCAAGGGGUCACAUUCAUCUGAGUCCUUUUAUGUCGGAAGAGGAUUACAACUUCACGCAUCGAAUUGAUAGGCUGUCAUUUGGACAUCCUAGUCCUGGAAUAAUUCAUCCUCUUGAGGGUGAUGAAUAUAUUGCUUCAAGUCAUCAAAUGUUAUACCAGUAUUUUAUUGAAGUUGUUCCCACAAGCGUUCGAACAUUCCUGCGCAGUAUCGAAACUUAUCAAUACAGUGUAAAGGAACUAAAUAGACCACUGGAUCAUGGCCAUGGUAGUCAUGGAAUGCCAGGUAUUUUUUUCAAAUAUGAUGUGGCUGCUUUGCGUGUGACUAUUAAUCAAGAGCGAGAUCAUCUGGGAAUGUUUAUUGCGAAGUUGUGUUGUAUUGUUGGAGGCAUCUAUGUAUGCUCAGGUUGCAUUAGUAGAAUCAUUCUUAUGAUAGUGAAUAUCAUAUGCUGCAGAUGGGAAAAGCCGACUCCACAAAAAUCGGCACCUAUGACUGUGACACCAAAUUUAGUGCUCAAUGAAAAGAACUUCACCAUACCCGAUGUUUUGCCUGUGCAGUUGUCGUGAUGUUUUACAAAUUGAUUUGCAUAUAGUAGUUGAAUUUUUAUUGAUUGUUUGAUUACCCAAGUGUGUGUAAUUAAAAUUAUUUCGAAUUCCAGGAAAUUGAGUCACGUGUUUUGUGGUUUUAUCUGAAUUUAUAACAUGGGUGGCGUUAUAUUGAUUACGCAGAAUUUACGUCCGCCGAUAAUUUAUGAAUUAUCUCUAAUAAUAUAUACCUGAAAUUACUAUAAAAAAAUACAAAUCAAGCAUAAAA